AUGGAGGCCGACAUCGAGCUGGAGGGCUGCGCGCUGAGGUGUCUACAGGAGACUAACUUCGACUGCAGGUCGUUCGACUACGGCUCUUCAUUUAGGUGCUGCUACCUCAGUGCCCAGGACCGGACCACCCAAGCGUCCAGCUACCAGGUGACAAGCGGACAGGACUAUUACCACUACUUACCGGGGAACCGCUGGAGGGACGACGGGCGGUGCGGCUCGAGCUGGGCGGCUGACCUGGCGAGUCCCGCCGAGUGUGACCCGUACGGAGACUACUGCUGCUCGGGGACACGGUGCCAGCAGGGCACGUGCACCAGCGGAACGGACUAUCGUGGGUGGGACAGAUAUGGAGAGAGGGGUGGAUGGGACAGGUGCGGAGAAAGAGUCUGCAGCUGCACCAGCCACAGCAGGACCAUGACGUGUUCGGGCAGGACCAUCCGGGAGCUCGACUUCUUCAUCCCCAGGAACACCAGGAACCUAGAUCUGAGCUCCAAUGUGCUGACAAGUGUCCCCGUAUCUGCUCUGGCGAGACUGACGGAACUUCAAACAUUGACUCUGAGAUCCAACAGGAUCGGUUCUCUGCCGUUUGACGUAUUUGAGGACUUGAACAGCGUACAAACCAUAAACCUGCAGAAUAACCAGUUCAGUGAACUUGACCUGGGACAGUUCAUGGACCUCCCCACCCUCCGGAACCUGUACGUUGACGCCGGUACUGACCUGAAGUUCACCUGGGGGUACCUGCCGGAGGUGUACCCAAACCACGGCGUCUCCUGUCCGUUUAACGACUGCUACAGCCCCUGCGGAGACCCGCACUACCUUAACGGGCCGGAAGACUGGAGCCGCCUACAGAGGGAUCUGGUUAUCAAGAAGCUGUACUUUGAUCUUGCCGACCUGUUCUACCUGGUGAGCGACGCGACGCAGAGCGUCACUAUCUACGCACACACCGUGGUGGCGUCAGCCGGCGUCAGUUUCGACUUUGAUCUGACGAUCCAUACACAGAUGUUCUGGACCGGCACCAACGCAGACCUGACCUUUAACCUACCCAGCGGCCACCACCACGGUCCCAUCAUCACUUGCGGCACGCUGGACGACAGUUUCCAGCAGAUCAACAUCAACGUUGGAGACAGGCUGAAGAUCAACAUCGUGACAAACGAGUCGUUCGCGAUGCCGUACCCAUGUGGCGACACCCGCAGUACCGCUCUGUCCCUCCAGGCGGACUCAGAUCAGAUGGCCAUCACUGUGCAGUGUGCGCGCCUGCUGGCUCAGGAUUUCAACCUAGCGGACCUCCGCAGCCAGCCCAUGCGGAUGGUGGACUGGGUGAUCUCGCAGGGGCGCGCGGCGGGAGACCCGGUACAUAGCGAGGCCGUCACGAUCAAGUACGAGCUGAUGGUAACUGCCCGGGGAGCCCGGUACGUCCCUUACCUGGCGCAGUCCGUCUACUUCAGUAUGCUGGACGACUACUACAGAGAGGUGAGUUUGUUUGUUUGUUUGUUUGUUUGUUUGUUUGUACGAGCUGAUGGUAACUUCCAGGGGUGCCCGGUACGUCCCUUACCUGGCGCAGUCCGUCUACUUCAGCAUGCUGGACGACUACUACAGAGAGGUGAGUUUGUUUGUUUGUUUGUUUGUUUGUUUGUACGAGCUGAUGGUAACUUCCAGGGGUGCCCGGUACGUCCCUUACCUGGCGCAGUCCGUCUACUUCAGCAUGCUGGACGACUACUACAGGGAGCCCGGUACGUGCCCUACCUGGCGCAGUCUGUCUACUUCAGCAUGCUGGACGACUACUACAGGGAGCUGAUGGUAACUGCCCGGGGUGCCCGGUACGUGCCCUACCUGGCGCAGUCUGUCUACUGCAGCAUGCUGGACGACUACUACAGGGAGCUGAUGGUAACGGCCAGGGGAGCCCGGUACGUGCCCUACCUGGCGCAGUCUGUCUACUUCAGCAUGCUGGACGACUACUACAGAGAGCUGAUGGUAACAGCCCGGGGUGCCCGGUACGUGCCUUACCUGGCGCAGUCUGUCUACUUCAGCAUGCUGGACGACUACUACAGAGAGCUGAUGGUAACGUCCCGGGGAGCGCGGUACGUGCCCUACCUGGCGCAGUCUGUCUACUUCAGCAUGCUGGACGACUACUACAGAGAGCUGCUGGUAACAGCCCGGGGUGCCCGGUACGUGCCUUACCUGGCGCAGUCCGUCUACUUCAGCAUGCUGGACGACUACUACAGGGAGCUGAUGGUAACGUCCCGGGGAGCGCGGUACGUGCCCUACCUGGCGCAGUCCGUCUACUUCAGCAUGCUGGACGACUACUACAGAGAGCUGCUGGUAACGGCCAGGGGUGCCCGGUACGUGCCCUACCUGGCGCAGUCUGUCUACUUCAGCAUGCUGGACGACUACUACAGGGAGUUUGUACGAGUUUGA